GCUCGCCCACCCUCCCCGCGGAUCACAGACAGCCUGUGCCCGCCUUCCAGUCCACAAUCUCCCUGCCUCUCCUCUCCCACCCUCCCUCCGAAAAGCAAGCUCCGGCCCGGACCGCCCCACCGCGCGCGCGCAUACACAGAGAGAGAGAGAGAGACCGCACGGUCGUUCGGGGUUCCUUUGGCCAGGCGCACGACACGAGCAUGGCGCAGCGCGACAAGAAGGAGGAGCCCACGGAGCUGCGGGCGCCGGAGAUCGCGCUCUGCGCCAACAACUGCGGCUUCCCGGGCAACCCGGCCACGCAGAACCUGUGCCAGAGCUGCUUCUCGGCGUCGAGGUCGUCGUCGUCGUCUUCGCAGCCGUCCCCUACCUCCUCUCCCUCAGCUUCCGCGCCGGCCGCCGCGGUGCCGCAGCCGAGGCCGGCGCUCCUGGACGCGGCGCUGCAGCUGGCGCCUCCGGCCGCGGCCGCGGGCCAGCCUGUGGAGGCCUCGGCCAGGACUUCUGCCAACCGGUGCUCCAGCUGCCGGAAGCGCGUGGGGCUGACGGGGUUCCGGUGCCGCUGCGGCGACCUGUUCUGCGGCGCGCACCGGUACUCGGACCGCCACGGCUGCCGCUACGACUACAGGGGCGCCGCCCGGGACGCCAUCGCCCGGGAGAACCCGGUGGUGCGCGCGGCCAAGAUCGUUAGGUUCUGAUUCGACCGGCGGGCGGAGGAAGGAAUUGCAGAGAGGGAAAACGAAGAUUCCAAGGGCGGAAGGGGGGAAAGGCAUGCGAAAUCAGAGAGGUCUUCGGUGUUACUACUAUGCUGUUCUUGGACGUGUUUGAUUUUUAAUCUCCUUUUAUAUAUAUAUAUAUAUAUAAUUUUCCUACGGAGGUGGGAGGAGAGGAGGUGGACGAAGAAUAGUGUAAUGAUAAUGGUGGUGGUGCAGCGGCGGUGGUUGAGGGCCCAAAACGAUGAACACAUGGGGUUGGGUUGGGUGUAUGUAUCUAUCUGUCACACGCAGCUUUU